AUGCUGGUGCAUAAAAAGCAAUCCAGCUUUUUUGCUCUUGCAGAAGUGGAAAAAUUGAAAGGGAAAAUGAAUUAUUUAUUAAAGAACGAAGAUAAGUAUGUUAACCGAAAAAAUUUUACCAUUGUUUCGAAACAGAUUGAAAAUCAGCUAAAAAAGAAAAAGAAUAGUGGUGAUGAACGGAUAACUUUGCAGGCUAUUAUUAAAAGGUCGUGGUUUCAGUCCGUUAACAGUAGUAUUAACAAUAGUAACAGUAACGAUAAUAGUAAUAAUAUUAAUAGUAAUAGUAAUAAUAAUAAUAAUAAUAAUAAUAAUAAUAACGGUAACAGUGACAGUAACAGUAACAACAAAAGUAGUAGUAGCAGUAGUAAUAUCGGCAAAAAUUGCAGUAUUAAAAAUAAUAAUAAAAAGAGUAGCCAGAAUAGUAAUAAAAACAGUAAUCAAAAUAAUAGUCAAAAUAAUAGUCAAAGUAACAGUCAAAGUAACAGUCAAAGUAACAGUCAAAGUAACAGUCAAAGUAACAGUCAAAGUAGCAGUCAAAGUAACAGUCAAAGUAACAGUCAAAGUAGCAGUCAAAGUAGCAGUCAAAGUAACAGUCAAAGUAACAGUCAAAGUAACAGUCAAAGUAACAGUCAACAUAAUAAUAAUAAAAAGAGCAAUCAAAAUAAUAAAAUGAAAUGCUGUAACAAUAAAAAAUGUGACACACAGGUUAAGAAUGAAUGUUCAAAGGAACUCCAAAUGAUGGCAAAUUUACCGCAUUCCAUUUCGAAAAAUAAAAUACCUUUUAAUUUUUUUGAUAUGGCAUAUAGUUUGUAUAUGAAAUAUAAAUUUAAUAAAAAAAAUGGUUCAUUUUCAUUCCUUAAGAAAGCCUUCUGCUCACCUAGGAAACCUCCUUUUAUAACUAAUUUUAAAGUAAUAAAACAUCCAGGUAAAGUGGAAAGUGAAGACUGUUGCUUAAAUGGUCAGGCAUUUAUGGCUAUUGCUGAUGGUGUAGGUUCUUGGAUAAGGUUUGGAAUAAAUCCAAGAGAAUACCCUGAAAAGUUCUUACAACUUUUACAAAAAAAAAUUAAUGAAAGUGAAAGUGAUAAUGUAAAAAUAGAAGAGGUUUUAGAUUAUGCUUAUGUAAAUAAUCAUAGUACAGGAUCAACAACUGUUUGUGUAAUAAUAUAUAAUAAGAAUAAAACCAUAUCAACAGCAAUUAUUGGUGAUGCACAGUUUGCUAUUAUUCGAGAUGGUGCUAUCAUAUAUAAAUCGAAAACACAGCAAUAUGAAUUCAAUUUCCCAUACCAAUUAGGUACUAAUGAUAUGAAUAAACCUAUAGAUGCAGAUAUUGCGCACUUAGAAGUAAAAAAAAAUGAUAUAAUAGUUGCAGGCUCAGAUGGGUUAUGGGACAACUUAUAUGAUGAUCAAAUAUUAACCCUAGUUAAGGAAAAUAAGUUUUCAACCUUAUCAGAAAAAAUAGCAGAUGAAGCUUUCAGUUAUUCCAAAAUGAGAAGUUGGAUGUCCCCUUAUAUAAAUAACUUUAAUAAGGAAUUUAAUUGUUAUAAGUCAGGCGGCAAAUUGGACGACAUUACUGUGUCCUGCGCGCUAAUUGGUUAG